CAUUGUUGAGAAUUGGGCCAACCAGCAAUAUACGGCAGUUUUUUCUUAUCUCAUCAGGGAAUUCAUGCCCAUUUCGGAUAUGCAGUCCAUGACGUCUAUUCGUAGAACUUUAGUCUUCUUUGACCUGGAGACCACGGAAUUGGAACCCAGCAGGGGUGAUAUCAUCCAGCUGGCGGCCAUCAGCGGAGAUCACACCUUCAACGUGUACAUGAUGCCCGAGGUCGCCAUCGACAAACGGACCACGGCGGUCACAGGCUUCAAGGUCGACAAUGGCAGGCUCUUCAAGGACUAUCAGUCAGUAUCUACCGUCACCUUGCACCAGGCCCUGACCUCCUUCAUCGCCUUCCUGCGGUCCUUAAAGCAGCCCAUGCUGCUGGCUGCGCACAACGCCAAACUAAUUCACAGACGUAAACUGGAAAAAGAGCUAUACAGGUGUGCCCUCACCGAUCAGUUCAAGCAGCUGGGCCCCAGAUUUUUGGACACCUGUCAACUCAGUAAGGCGCUCUUUCCGGGGUUAGGCAGCUAUAAACAAAAUAAUCUGUCGUACCCCUUCCUGGGAAAAAUCGACAUUACCCACAAUGCAUUGAAGAAUGCUACGGCUCUGCAGGAGCUGUACGGUUGUUGGAAUCCCGACCAAGAGUCUGUGAUUCAAUAUUCAUUCUAGCAGCCGCUAGAUCUAUUUGGUGUUGUUGUGUAAUAAACCAAGCUCAAAAUCAACCAAUCUUUGUUAAUUGUCUCAUU